CGAGAUUGCACUCGCUACAGUGUUUUUAUCACAAUUGUGAUCUUCGUCUGGGACAUCAUGUGAACGAACAGUUUUGAAGAUUGAAUCAAAUGGAAAUCCCGGAAUCUAGAAUCGCUACCUGUUGGUAAUGAAAUGGGUGAGUUUGCUUUUCUAAUCUUAUUGUGUUUAUCAUGAUUUUAUUUCGUUUAAUAGCACACAAUCACUAUAGAAACUACACCUGGUUUUGACACUCUAUUCAAUCCUAACUUUAAAUCAGAUUCUACUGAUAAGCAGCUUGAACUUCAAAUUAUAAAUAAGUGUAUGUAAACGAAUGCACCUUGAAUAAGUUUGUAAAAUAUAGUUUUGUGUGAUUAUUCUUUAUGUUUUAUAGACCAAUAAGUGCCUAAACUCUUUUUGUGUUCCUUUUUUGCAACAAUUCCAUGAGACAAGCAUGGCCCAGUGGCAUACAACAUAGAAUUUUCGUUCGAGGUGGCCGCCCUGGUCGUUGACUUUGGCCAUCAUCUGCACAUGCUGCUGUGGGCAAAUGUGUUCCUUUCGUUGGCCAGCCUGGUGAUCAUCGUGCAGUUCCGCUGUCUGAACAACGAGAUACAAAGGAAGUUCAAGAAGCACCGUAACUACCCGUGGGUGCUAGAAAACAUGGAAAAUAGCUGUCCCCUAGCGACGGCCGAAGAUCUGAAUUCUGACAACUGUGUCAUAUGCUGGGAGAAGAUGGAAACCGCCCGGAAUCUGCCCUGUUCGCAUCUGUGUCAUAACUCAUGCCUUCAAUCUUGGUUGGAACGGGACACCAGUUGGCCGACGUGUCAGCUCGGGUUAAGCGUUAACAAUGCCAAUGUGGCCAAUAUUUUGCAGAAUGAAAUCCGCAUCGAUGACCCGGAACCGGUUGACGGGUUGGACCGGGACGAACUGUAAUCCGGUUUCUUGGAAAACGGCGGCUGAAAAUCAUACCGAGCAAGUCAGGAUCAUGGCCCGGCACGUCCAGGAGAUGUUCCCCCGAUUUCCAAUGUCUACGGUCAUUGCCGAUCUGAGCAUAUCGCGAUCGAUCGAAGUCACAAUUGAUCCUGGAAGGGCGCUUUCCAGCCAGCAUUCUCGUCAGCAGCAUUCACCAUCAUCAUCAUCGGUGGCUUCCACGCCCAGCUCCGACAGUUCCUCCGCGCCGCUGCCAAAAGCUUUUCUCAAUAACAAAGAUAAUUAGAAACUUACAUAG